AUGGUUAAGGCUGUUGCUGUCAUUCGCGGAGACUCCAAGAUCUCCGGCACCGUCACUUUUGAGCAGGCAGACGAGAACGCCCCCACCAGCGUCUCCUGGAACAUCACCGGCCACGACGCCAACGCUGAGCGAGGUUUCCACAUCCACCAGUUCGGUGACAACACCAACGGCUGCACCUCCGCUGGUCCUCACUUCAACCCCCACGGCAAGACCCACGGUGCUCCCCAGGAUGCUGACCGUCACGUUGGUGACCUGGGCAACUUCAAGACCGAUGCUGAGGGCAACUCCGUUGGCUCUGUCCAGGACAAGUUGAUCAAGCUUAUCGGCGCCGAGAGCGUUCUUGGCCGCACCCUGGUUGUUCACGCUGGCACUGACGACCUUGGCAAGGGUGGUAACGAGGAGUCCAAGAAGACUGGCAACGCUGGUGCCCGCCCUGCUUGCGGUGUCAUCGGCAUUGCUGCUUAA